AAACUUGGGAGCCUUACUUGGCAGAGUGAAUCUCUAAAUAAAGUAAAAAUUCUCUUUGUGUGGGUUCCCUGUUGAUAAUGGUUAUGCUUUUUUCUUUUUUCCCAGAGAGCAGACCUGAUGUCUUUUCUGUCACAGAUCUGAUAGAGACAGUUAAUGAAGUUUCCAAGCUGAGCAUUUCCCAUGAAAUUGUAGUAAACCAAGAUUUCUAUGUGGAAGAGACCAUUUUACCUCCAAACAGUGUAGAAGGCAGGUUUGCAGAGGCAAUGUACAAUGCUUUUUGGAACCAUCUGAAAGAACAGCUAUUGAGUACUCCUCCUGACUUCACUUGUGCUCUUGAACUUCUAAAAGAUGUUAAGGAGAACCGCCUAAGAAAUGAGAUAGAAGAAGCUCUGGACACAGAUCUCCUCAAGCAGGAAGCAGAACAUGGGGCCCUGGAUGUCCCUCAUCUUUCUAACCACAUUCUCAAUUUGAUGGCUCUGCUAUGUGCACCAGUUCGAGAUGAAGCGAUACAGAAACUAGAGACCAUAACAGAUCCAGUGCAGUUACUGAGGGGCAUCUUCCGUGUUCUGGGCCUAAUGAAAAUGGACAUGGUGAACUCUACCAUCCAGAGCUUUCGACCCUACCUGCAGGAGCAUUCCAUCCAGUAUGAACAAACUAAAUUCCAGGAACUCCUUGAUAAACAGCCCAUUCUCCUGGAUUAUACCACAAAAUUGCUAACCAAAGCAGCCACAGACAUCACUACACUACGUCCGAGUUCUCCUGACUCACCUAGCUCCUCCUGCAGCAUGGCGUGUUCACUUCCAAACGGGGCAGGUAACAACUCAGAGCCCCCCAGUCCAACAAUGGUGCUAUACCAAGGCUACCUGAACCUCCUCCUCUGGGAUCCUGAAAACGAAGAAUUCCCGGAGACUCUGCUGAUGGAUGGAAUCCGGCUCCAGGAACUGGCGUUCCAGUUGCACCAGUUAACUGUCCUGGCCUCAGUCUUGCUAGUGGCCAGAAGCUUCUCUGGUGAAGUUUUAUUCAGCUCACCUGAAUUUGUGGAUAGACUGAAAUGCAUCACCAAGGCCCUAACUGAGGAAUUUAUCUCCAGGCCUGAAGAGACUAUGCUGAGUGUGAGUGAACAGGUGUCUCAGGAAGUCCAUCAAGGCCUUAAGGACAUGGGCCUCACUACUCUGAGCAGUGAAAACACAGCGUCUCUGGUUUCCCUCAGGGCGUGCCUAUAUCACCUCCCUCCUCAACCCCUAGAAAGUGCGCCCUCUCACCGUUACAUCACCAGCUUUCCUUCAUGCAGUUUAGGGAUGGGGGUUGCAGGAGGGCAGGAUCUCAAGGAGUGCUGCAUGGAGGGGAAUUCUGAGAUCAUUAAGGGAAUGAUGCCAUUAAAGCCUCAUGAGCAGACAACUAGGACGAAUGGAAUCCAUAUUUGCAAAGAUCAGCAGCAGUUAUGCACUAGGGCUGAGGGCAGGUGCUAUAAGCAGGGACUCCAAGGGUAA